AUGUCCAUCUCCCGCGAACAGCAAGCUCUGCUAAUCCAAGCUGCGAUCGAAGCCAAACAAGGUGCCUACGCGCCAUACUCGAAAUUUCGUGUGGGCGCAGCUUUGUUGGCAUCAGAUGGAUCGAUUAUCAAGGGUUCAAACAUAGAAAACGCAUCCUAUGGGGGAACCAUCUGUGCGGAGAGAACAGCGAUCGUCAAAGCUGUGAGCGAGGGCACACGCUCAUUUAUCGGAUUGGCCGUUACGACGGACGUUGCAGCAACAAUAUCCCCUUGUGGAAUCUGUCGUCAAGUACUCCGCGAGUUUUGCCCACUGAAGAUGCCCAUCUUCCUUGUGUCAGCGGCCUACGACCCUUCGCAAGAUUCCAGUACAGAUGAGAAGAAGACGUUGCUGGAGACGACAUUGGAGGGGCUUCUCCCUCACUCCUUUGGUCCCGAACAUUUGGAGAUACCGCGUCAGGGGUGA